GAGAGCGGCUCAGGAAGAUGGCACGCACCAAGCAGACGGCGCGGAAGUCGACGGGAGGCAAGGCCCCACGCAAGCAACUGGCCACGAAAGUGGCCCGCAAGAGCGCCCCGGCCACGGGCGGAGUGAAGAAGCCGCACCGCUACCACCCUGGCACGGUGGCGUUGCGCGAGAUCCGUCGCUACCAGAAGUCCACGGAGCUGCUGAUCCGCAAGCUGCCGUUCCAGCGCUUGGUGCGCGAGAUCGCCCAGGACUUCAAGACCGACCUGCGCUUCCAGAGCUCCGCCGUGAUGGCGCUGCAGGAGGCGUGCGAGUCGUACCUCGUGGGUCUCUUCGAAGACACGAACCUGUGUGCCAUCCACGCCAAGCGGGUGACCAUCAUGCCCAAAGACAUCCAGCUGGCACGGCGCAUUCGCGGAGAACGGGCUUAGGUCCGCCAGGCACUCACUGACUCACUGCUCAUGAACCCAACGGCUCUUUUCAGAGCCACCCACGGACUCGGGAAGAGGGUCUGUAACCCAGGCUUGGAUGCCUGUCUCCCCGGGGAGUGAAGCGAAGGUGGCUGGGCCUCGAAGGUGCCU